CACAACUUCCAACUACCGUGCAAUUUGUGGGUGGAAAAUGUUUAAUAAUUUGAAAUUUGUAAUUAUUUUAUUAUUAACAAAACAUAGUUGGGGAAACAAUUACAUUAUUGUGGCCGAUGAAAAUAGCUUCUUUCAACCAUGUAGUCCUGAGGAUAAUGCUGGCAAUACGAAUAUGGAAGAUUUGUUAGAACUUAAUUUGAAACAUGACUUUGCUGAAGAUAUGGAAACUUUAAUUACAAAUGGUAAUAUAACGACAAAAGUUGGUAUACCCGAAGGUGUUACGAUAGAGUUAGAUGUGGAAAUUUUUCAUUGGAAACGUGGUAAAUGGGAGAAAACUGUAUAUUCUAUAAGACGUGAUGAUUUCUGUACUGCUGCAUUUGAUCCAGCGGAAUUUUGGUAUAUAUUGACAAAUCAAAUGGCACAAGAAGAUCGCGUUUGUCCACCGCAGAAAGGAACAGUGUACCAUCUGAAUAAUGUGGAAAAUCGUGUUGAAUUUAAUAAUGCUUUUGGAUUAGAUAUAGAAGGGGACUAUAAAAUUAUAUCACAUUUUGUUGCGGCCAACUUUUCGUCCUGUAUUACGGCUCUUGUUACUGUUUGGAAAAACUAAUUGAUUUUUUUUUUAUUUUUUGGGAAAAAUUUAAAUGAAUAUAUAUAUUAGAAUAUGUGAUUUAAAAAGGGAACUUUUAGUUUAGAAUUAAAUAUACUUACAUAUUUAUAAGUAUUUUCAACCAAUAAAUAUUG